GUUAUUUCAUCUCGUCAGCGUGAGACCUUUAGGUGUGUCACUCAUUGUAGUUUGUCAGCUGGGAUAGAGACAAAUGCUAAGACGUUAUUUAAAAAACCUCAAAUGUGCUAUCGCAUGUAAAAUAAUGAAUCUUCUGAGUACGUUGUCGUUUAAUUGAUGAAAACGCUACUGAUUUUAGUCUAGUGAGCACACCAGCAAAUCCUGCUUUACUCUUCAGCACCUUGAAUUCUGGAGUGAAGAAGGACAUGAGGUGUGAAGGGAUACUCAGUCUCAUUAAUCGGAAUGCAACAGACCUGGCCAGGUUUCACACCAGUACUGCUGCUGAUACUCUGUGGUUGUGCUCUUGCAGAAAUCCUUUUAAAGAAACCACGGCAUGUCGCUUUAAGCAACCAGUCCAUCUUUGUGGAUUUCCAGUACGAAAUCAACGAAACAGCCACUGGCAUGACAGUUUUACUGGUGGACCUUCUCACUAACGAAACAGUGGCCAGUAAGCCUGUGCCGGUGAACCAGUCUGAAGGCACCAUGGAGUUUGACUGUUCAUGCUUUCAAUACGCUGGGAAAUUUCAAUUCAGACUUCAGCCUGAGAAGGAUAACCUAAGCCAUAAUGACACCCUGUGGUUGAGUGAGGUACUGCUGGUACAGUGGCCUGCAUUUAACAUUGAUGUCAGAAGAACAAGCAAUAUAACUGGGAACUCCUUUCAGAUAGGAAUUUCUAGUACUGAAGAAUAUUUUUGUCCCUUCAGUAUUAAUUCAUCAGCUAUCUCCCUGGAGGUCACCUAUAUGGAAUACACUCAAGUGGGGAGGUCCUAUGAUGAUAAAAUGAAGGCAGCUAUCAGAAAGCAAAUUUCGCUUUUGAAAACCCAGUGGGUAGAACUGGCGUGUGUGUUCCCUUUCAGAGAGGGGCAUUUUAUCAAGGUUUCCCUGAGGUCCCGCCAUGCUGAUCUGGAGAUCAAGUCUUCCGGACGGCUCUUUCUGUCCCAGGUUUUUAGGUAUAGGUUACAUAUUGAAAACCAGCACACAUUCAGCUGUGAGGCUUCUAUUGUGGUAUACCUGGUCACCCCUCCAUGUGCUUCUACGGAAGGCAAGGUCAUAAUGUAUCCAUACAGUUCCAGCGCCACUGGGAAAAAAAACAUCUUUGUGGCACAGGAAUUUCUAACUAAAGGAAAUAAUAAAACUGAAUUCAACUGCUCCCUCUUUUACCCUGGGAGAAAUGAGUACUGUUUUGAGUUUGUUUUAAACUCCAGCCGCUCUGCCAGUGGGGCUCAGCGCUGCAUUGUUGUACAACGGAACGUAGCGACAUGGAGUCAGUGGCUGCGGUGGAGCCCCUGCAGUGUGAGCUGUGGUGACGGGGUGAGGGAGCGGUACCGCGAGUGCCAGGGGUCCUCCUCGGAGAAAUCACACUGUGCUGGAAUUCACAAGGAAACUUCUCUGUGCUCGCUGGAGGAGUGCACAGCAAUAAAGACAACAACUUUGGCACCACUUCACCCUCAAAAGACGCAAGCCAGCAACAUUGUGACUGUGGCCGGGAUUUCUGUAUGUUUGUUUAUCAUCAUCUCCACCAUCUUCAUCACGGUAUGGAGGAAACUAUGCAGGGUGCAGAAGUGUAGCUCAGUGAGGCACAACUCUGUGCAUUCCCCAAACUUCAGGAAGAACUCAGAUGAGGUCAACAUCUACCAUGAGAGCCAGCAGCGAGAGAGUUUCUCUGAAAGCCUUGAUGUGAACCCAGAUUCGGCAGACGAGGGCAUAAACAUAACCUCAGGCUACAGAAGGAGCCAGCACUUUCCUCUGGAACAGACUAUACCUAUCAGCGGUGACCCCCAAGCAAGCGUUCAGAAGAUCAUGCCCCCAAUUUUUGGGUACCGACUUGCCCAUCAACAGCUGAAGGAGAUGAAGAAGAAAGGUCUGAAAGAGGCGACACAGAUGUACCACGUAUCCCAGAAUCCCCUCAACGACACUGUUCUGGAUGCCACCACAGUGCCACCCAUGGACAAGGAGAGUCAAGAGGAGGCCAACCUGAACAGGUUUCAGAUCAAAUCUCCCUUUCUGGAACCCAAGGUGCCUCACUCCAGUCUUCAACCGGAAAGGGUUAGCCCAAAGGUGGACUUCAGUGUUCCUCAGCGGAAUCCAGGGCUCCUCUCUCACCCAGCGACCGCUCGGUACAGCAGCCAUAAAUACCAGGACGACUGGGUGGAAAUGGUUGAUCGAAGUUAUCUCAGGAACCUUAAUUUCAGGAGAACAGCGAGCUUUCAUGAAACCAAACAGUCCAGGCCCUUCAGAGAAAGAAGCAUGUCCACCUCUACACCCAGGCAGCUUUCUGUCUACAGCUCCAGGGCUAGGGUAGUGGACCAGCCAUUGGAAAGGGGAGGAGUUAGGCCUAAAUCUCAACUAGGGGAUGCCAGAGCUGAUAGAUGUUCACCUUGGAGUGGCAAUGUGUCACCUACCGAGGCUUCUGCGUAUUACCCACAUGCAGGUCAGCCUGGUGCCGGCGUCAAUAAACAUGACCUGUUAAGUGGCCGCCAGGCUGAGGGCUGGACUGCAGGAGUGGACAUAGUAGAACCCAACAGAAACAGGAGAGGGCCUUCACCCAGUCACAGGAACAUAAUGGCCAGGAAGAGGAAGGAGGCUGAUUCUUCUGCGACAUACAAUCGCCAUAGGAGUGCCACCCUAAGCCCCUCACAAUACAGGAGAGACAAGUGCCGGAGCCUCCCACUGGAUCCUGAAUACACCUUGUAUGACAGUUCAUCCUAUGGUCUCACUGAAUCAGAGCGCCGCAUGAUUGACUUAUCUGGGUACUUCGGAUCCAAUGGAGAAGAGGAGGAAACUGGUGCCCUCAGCAUUGAGAAGAUGGUGAUAUGAAUGUUUAUGCCCUGCUUAGAAAAGCAAUGCAAUAAAUACCAUUUACAUCAACAUUUCUUGGUACAGUCAGCACCGCUUUAUCAGGACGCCUCGAUAGAAGUAAAAAUAAGUGAUAUGCCAGUUAAACGACAGAAAUAGUAUUCCGUCUUCCAGAGUUCUAUCCCAUUUAAGCAGCAAUCCUGAUUAGGCAGCACCAACUGUAUCUACAUAAAAGCAUAGAAUUGUUUCGUCUUUCCUGGAUGUGUAACAUAACCAAAUUCAAAGGUAGUUUCAAUAACAUUUUGAGGACAAGAAGUUUGUAUAUGCAUUGACUUUAUUAUUAUUAUUAUUAUUAUUAUUAUUAUUAUUAUUAUUAUUAUUAUUAUUAUUAUUAUUAUUAUUAUUCAUU